AUGUCUUCCAAACUCAAGUCUCGCGAGGAGCAGCUCGCCACCAUGCGUGCCCUUCUUCAUGGAGAGACCCAACCGAAGAAACGUAUUGCUCAGCGUCGGUCUCCACGCGGCCACCCGAAAGGCCGAGGGUUGGAAUUGUCGGACCUGGAGCAGAGGGCCCUCGACACCUUGCACAUCGUCACCGACGACCGGCUAAUAAGGAGACCCGACGGACCCAAAUUCUAUAUCCUCCCCGACUCUAUCCUCGAUCUGGAUGAAGAAACGUCCUUCACUCAAGACGAUCUGCGCCAUGAGGCCAAGAACAUGAUUCCUCAUCUCCUGGCGCAACCCAGAAAUCAGAUUGUGGACAUUUUCACUGUCGAUGGCACCUAUGUCGACACGGAGGAGCAUGCGUAG